GUUGCUGGCGGUGCGGGUCAGUGAGUGCAGCAGCAGAUAGCUCGACGGGAGCCUCGUGGGCAGCUCACUGCCGCUGCUAGGAAGCUAGUUACAUGUCGUAAAGCGUCAACUGCUACAGCGGUCGCUGUUACCGAACCACCACCACCGAGUGCCUAGAGUACACAAUUAAAACGGCAUGUGAUGCCAGUCUGACGUUGUAUAUGACAGUAUAAUUUCCAAACAAACGACUAACCGCAGAAUUGUUCUACUGCGUGUUGUUGUGGUAGAAGUGGUGGUGGUUGAGUAACCUUCGAUCUAAGCCAUACCAAGGUGCAUUUCCUGACUGUUGUGUGGGCUAGUGGUCCAUACUGUAAAGUUCACCUGAAAUGGCUGGCUAAACAGGUCAAAAUGGAUAAAAACACACGGAAACUCCGUAAUCAGGACAUCAACCCAUGCAUCGAAGAAAGUGAUGGGUCUCAAAGGUGUUUGGAUGCCCACAACUAUGACAAGUCCAUGUGUUCACCCUAUUUCAUAAACUACAAGAACUGUAGGAAGUAUUGGCAUAACCUCAUGGUGCAGCGGAGGAGAGAGGGGGUGAAGCCGGAGAUGCCCACUGCUGAGGAGAGGAAGGAGAUCCUGGCUGGGCUGGGUGGCAAGCCGUACUGAAGCGGGCUCCUCGGGAGCUCCUCCUCCUCCUGACGACAGCCCUCUGGGUCUCAGCCCGGCCGAUAGGAGCCCAUAGGAGCCCAUGGAUUGGACUGGCCCGUCCUGGUUAGCUCUGCGUGGUAGCUGUCGGGACACUGCACUGCAGAGUACCUGGCUGUGUUCCCAGACAACAUGGUGGUGCGGGAAGAGGAGGCUGUAGGUUCUAUCGUAGCUGGGUUAUAAUUGGGAUCCGGAAGACAUACUGUAUCUGAUGCUCUGUCUCCAUCCAUGUUUGUAUGUGUGGUUGUGUUGUGUUAAAUUAUAAUGUGUAAAAUCUUAUGGAAGAGUGAUGAAUAUUGUACACACUUGGCAGUAUGCUGUGUCAUGUGUGAAAUAAUACAUUAAAGUGUAACACGUGU